UAGUAUUAUGAAGACCAUGGAAAUCAAUAAUUAGAGUAUGCCCAUGGGAACAUGUUGUGAUACCAAUUAGAUUCCCACGACUAUACAACCACUGAUUUGAAUUCAUGAGACCACUUUGAAUACUAUAGGAUAAUUGAAGUAUUCCCAUUUAGGGCAAAGAGUGAAGUCUAUGAAACUGGGUAUUGAUGUGAAUAUUGGAUUUCGACAGACAGUGUGACCUCUCAAUGUUUAUGUGAUAUUUUGUUCCUGAGCUUUUGAAUUAAAUUGAUUAUAAAUACCUGCUGGGUUUUUACGUGUGACGAGAGAAUGGGUGAAAUGGUAGAUCUUUUAUGUACAGGACACCCGAUAAUAUUCAGUUGUAGUCAAGUUAUUCAGAUAUAAGCUAGCGGCUGCAAAGCGAAGUAAAACAGCCACAUUGAAAUUAUUUCACAAUCGUAACUGGGUGAUUACACUGCAUAGGACUAAAAAUUUACACUGCUAACUUUAAAAUAAGUUUUAUUAAAUGCGACAGUGGAAUAAUGAAGAACAUACUGGAAUGCAUAAUUAAGGCAAAAGCUUAGUUUUAAGUGCAUAAUGAUCUGAAAAGCGGAUUAUUAAAAACUAUAAAGUUAUUAAUGUUUAACAUGGAUUUAACUGAUACUUAAACAGCUAGAAAGUGAGCUUAAAAGGCAGUGAAAAAUUUUUGUGAUACAAACUAUUAGAAUUGAGGAAUGGUUUUUGCAGUGCAUAGUGACACAUGUGAUAUACUGCACAAAAGUUCCUCCACUAUUUGGAUUAUGACUAUUGCAAUUCAGUGAAAAUAUCAGAUAUUUCAAGAUUAUGGUUUUAUUUUAAUUCAGAGCAAAAAAGAAAAACUGUAAUCAAAAAAAUUAUUUAAAAUGUGCAAAUUGUUACUUUAAUAUACUGAAAAUUAAGCACAAGGAAAACUUAAUAGAGUGAUUUUUUGUGUGCAAAAUUAUGUAAAUACACUGAAAUGGGAAACUGUGUCAUCAUGCAAAUUUUAACUGACUGCAUUUACCCUUGAAUAAGCAAGAUUAUCCGGCCUUUUACUAUGUUGAAUUUGUGAGCACUCCAAGGAGCAUAUAAAAAUAAAGACGGAAAUAAAUAUUUGGAUUUUAUUUAUUUUUGAGCUUUAACAUUAUUGAAGUGAUCAUUUUCCACAGUGUUUUUAACAAAGUGUUGACAGUAACUGUGGAUUUAACUGAAGAGGCAUAUGACAAAUAAUAACCUGAAUGUUGCAGUAAGUGAAAUGCCUUUAUGUGAACCAAUGUUCUUUUACAGACAAAAGAAAAGUGUUGUAUUGAACAUGUGGGUUACCUAUUAUUCUACUAUAGGUAUUGACAAAUGAAUCCAAGAAAAGCCUUUUGAGGACUAAAUUAAAAGUAAACAGACAAGGUUCUUAAAAGUGGUUAUUAAAAAAAUAAUGCUACAGUGUUGACUUGGCUGGAAUUAGUGCUGUAUUUCACAAAAUUGAACAAAUUGUGAUAUGGAUAAAUGAUGAUAUUGAAGAUGGAUGUUAAUUCCCUGAACUCGUCUAGUUUGAUUUUUGAAAGGAUUGAAUAAUUAAUCAUUUCUAUUGGUUUGAAUGAAAAAAGCAAAAGUGUUCCCAAUAAGAAAUGAAUUAAAAUACAUACAUUUGGAGUAAUCAAUUUAUGGUAUCUGAAUCAUCCAUAAAAAUUGAAGGACAUCCAAAAUAUCUCUAUUUACACUCUCGGAUUUUAAAAAUUUGACCUAUUAAUGGUUGUAUAAAAAAUCUUCAAUAACUUUGAAAUGUAAUAUAUCUAUGUUGUGCGAAACGAACACAAGCAAACAAUAAACAAUGGCGUAUUUUGGUAACAGUAUGUUUGGGCACAACCUAGAGUUUGCUGCCUAUGCUAGUGAAACAAGUGGAGGUUUUGGGAAUAGCAAUGGCAAGAGAAGUGGUUUCUCUGCCGGUGGACCCAGUUUUGGUAACUCCAGCUUUUAUCCCAAUGACAUAAAUGGCGCUCUUCUGGCGCAAAACAAUCCGCACUUGGCGGGAAAUUAUGGUUUGCAGGGUUCCUUUCUCAUGCGCCAGAAUUCUUUGCUAGCUGAGAUGACAAAGUCUAAAGACGAACGUAAGAAAAAUCCGUGGGGGUCUUCUAGCUUUAGUUAUCCUUUAGGCAGCAUAGACAACAGUGUGCUGCAGGGGCUUAAUUUUGAGAAACCAGAGGAAAAGAAAAGACCCAAACUUCAAAAGCAGAUGUCAAUGGUGCCUCAAACUGGAGAUGAUGAUGAGGAAAUUGAGGAGAAGCCAUUUAUGGACAAAAAGACAAGAGCACCUAGUUUUGCAUCUGACCCUGUAAACAUGCGCAGCAAAACAAUCAGUACUCAAUCUAUGCCCAUCCAAGGAGCAGAAAACGCUAGGAUAACAAGAUCAAUGUCCAUUAAUGAAGGCCGCCGUCAGCCGGCCAAUAUGGACCUUGCAAUGCCUAUGUUGAAACGACAACAAUCACUAGAUGCUGAAAAAUUUAGGCGGAAAAGUUUGAAAAGAAAACCAUCAUUUUCCUUCCAUUUUGGAAGCCACCGUAGGUCCUCAAAAUCCGUGUCCGACACAAAUUCAGUCUCAGGUGUACAGUCCGACACCCCCAGUGCACAGUCACCACAAAGAUCCAGAAGCAAUACACACGAAAGCAGGACAAGCACAAAUACAGACUCCUCAACACUGCAACCAAGUGUUUCCAGUAAGGGCUCUAAGAAUAAACUGGAUGAUGAAAAGGCACAUGAGCAGCUAAUAUUGAGUCUAAUGAACCCUGCACCGAAAGAUGAAGUCUUUGACUCAAUGUCUUCUCCAGAGGACAACAGUACAAAUUACUCACACAUGCCAUCACAAAAGCAUGAACAGUCAUCUGCACCAAGGGAGCAACCAGAACAAAAGAAAUCACCAAAGCAAAGCAAAGAUAUUAACCCCACAAGCCCAGUAAGGCAGAAUCCAAACAACAUAUACAUACCUCCACAAAAGUACGAACAGCCGUCGCAAUUAAGCCAGAGGCAAGAACAAAAGACGUCACAAAAGCCGAACAAAGAUAUUAACUCCUCAAGCCCAAUCAGGCAGUAUCUCCCUCCCAUAGAUAACCAAACAAAACGUCAGUCUCCUUCCCCGGCACACGCAACAGCACUAACAGAGAUGCCACAAAUCCCUGAAGGUCCAAGAGAUGUUGCACCACCUUUGAAUAAGAAAAAUCUCAAUCCAGACCCUAAUGUUUCAGACUGCUCCAAUGACACGACAUACUAUGACUGUGCAAGUCAACAGAAUUCGCCAAGAAAUGGCAGAAUAGAAGUAUCUGCCCCUGUUGAAAGCCUUCCAAGACCCAAGAAGAAAACUGGUAAUGAUACCAGUAUCAGUACUGAUGGGGAAGACACCACCUCAACCUGUGAUACACCACCAAGGAAAAUGUAUCAAAACAGCCGACCAAUGUACCAGCCUGUCGUAGACUACCCAAAUGAAUCACCGCACAAGCCUUAUGAGAAUUUGGAAGUUUAUACCAAUCAAAAAAUUCCAAAUGAAAAAGUAAAUUCAAAGGAGGUUGCAAGACAGAAACCAAGGCGUCCAAACAUUCCAAGAGAUAGCUUUCAAGGGCCUGAUACUCAAACUCCAGAAAGUGAAAUACAUCAUCCAAUUUUAAGCAGAAAUAUUCAGAAUGGCAAUGAACCAAAGGACCAGCAUGAAUCAGGAGAAAGCUCUGAAAGUGGCUAUGCAACAAGCCAUCACCCAUUGUCACAACAGGAGGAUUACCAUAUGAAAGUUUCGCAAUAUGUACGCUCACUCCCAAGCAACCCUGAUAUCAAUGAAAAACACUCUGGAAGUGACACUGGGGUGAAAAAUGGCUCGCUGUCUGAUAGUGAUUCCGACGAACAGCAUUCAGUGGUAACAAAACCUAAAAAAAUUCAAAUUAAAGGUGUUGACUGUGUCAGUGGCAGUGAAUCAGAGGACAAUGGCAAUAAGUCGGACAGCGAUGUGUCUGUUUCACAGCUGGAAGUCAUGAAGAUUCUGGAGAGUCCCAUACAUGUGAGAGAAAGAGUAGCAGACAAUUUAAACAAGAUGAAAAACGAUCCAAAUUUUACUGGAAUCCUGCCAUCCCCUCAGGAGUUAUAUCGCAAGGGGGAUAACUCUUCCUAUCCCCAAAUUAUGGAAAUAAAGGCUGAUCCAAAAUUUGAUCAAAAUGACCUUCCAGAUGGCAUCAAACAACAGCCAAAAGAAAAUCUGACUCAAGCAUCAGAAGUGAACUUAAACAGAAGUAAUGGUCCUGAUUCCUCAAGAAGUGACAAAAGUUCUAAAGCGCAAAACACCGACAGACAGUUCUCAAUAAAGGAAAAAAUAUUUGAACGAUUAAACAGUAACUAUGGGCGACCAUAUGAAUCUUCAUUUGAAACAAAAACUACCAGCUGUAUAAAUGUGCUGCUAAAUAUACUGAACAUGAUCCUGUUUCUCGCAAGCAUGGCAAUAAUUGGAAUAUGUCUUUGGCUGAUAUUGAAAGACUUUAAUGUUGAUGAUGUUACAAGUAUGCUGGGAGACAACUUAAUGCAGGUGAUAGUGUAUAUUACACUAUCCGCUGCGGGGGUUGCAGUGCUUGCUGCAUGUUGUUUGUGUUGUGGAGUCCGCGACAGUAGAAAUGGUCUUGCUUUCUAUGCGUUUGCACUGGUGUUGGCAACGAUAGCAUUCGGGACAUCUUGCAUUCUGACGACUAUUUUUGCUGAUAAGCUUAGUGGCAUAGAAUACAGAUUCAAUUUCAAAGACAAACUGUUGACCAUUUAUGGACUGACAACUGAUAUUGAAACCAAAAUACUGACAGAUGCUUGGGAUGCAAUGCAAACUGAAUUUCAAUGUUGCGGCGCUGAAGGCCAUGAAAAUGACACAGAUUCCUGGGCUCUGUACAGCAAGACAGCCUGGCUGCAAAAUAACCCUGAUAGGGGCCUAAUUUUUGUACCUGAAAGCUGUUGCCGGAAAAAUUCAAACACUAAAAUAUGUCAGGGAAGUGACAAUAAACAUCUGGGACCACCACGGUGGCCCUAUUCCAAAGCUUUCCCUCACAGCAACCCUGCCCUAAAUACUGAUGGUUGUUACCCAUUUUUAUCAAGCUAUCUACAGACUCUGUCAAAACUGGCUGCCUUAACAACAGGCUGUUUAGCAGGACUGUACUUUUUGGCAAUCAUGCUUACGUGGAUAUUCUGCUUUAAGAAGCGGAGAGACUUUCAGAUUUAUUACUGUUAUUCACAGGAGGAUGAGGAAAUGUACUGUAACAGUGAAAACAACGAGGAGUCUCUAAGGCUGGUUAUCAGCGAAAGUGAACAUUAUUUUCAUCAUGAUAAACUUGAUAGUGAUGAAACAAAACUAAUGGGACUUCCCACUCGAGCGCCAGAAAAAUCCAGUCUUAAAUCUUCAAAUGACUAUUCAAAGCCAGUGCAUCAAGAACAUGCUGAUCAGCGAAAAAGUGUGAAGACAGCAUACUUCGAAGAUGAACAAGAAAGCGAAAGUGAGAUGUAUGAAGAUCAUGGAAGUGAGAAGCACAGCCCAAGAGACCAAAGGGAGAGUGACAAUUUUAUUGACAGAGACACAGAAAGAUUUGAACCAUUAAGUGAGACACCAUCGGAUGUGAUCGACCGCAGGAACAUGUGGUUAUCGGGCUCUAAUGGGGGGCACCUGCUUUCCUUGGCAAUAACAGAGGAAGACAGUGACUACCAAGACACAGAUGAUGAUAUUCCAAAAGGGGCCGCCAACGUUUGAAGUGAUGACUUAAAAUGAAAACUAUUUAGUAAAAUGAUGAUGACUUUCUGUGAUUUUUUGCCACUAUAAAACAAACUUCAGUAAUAAAUAACUGGUCUUGGUGUGUCUCUCUUGAAAUCAAAGUUGUUUUCAUGGGGCUGUGUAUUAAAUAAUGUCUGGUUGUUACUUGUCUCUCUUGAAAUCAAAACUAUUUUCAUGAAGCUGAGAAUUCAAUUACUUGUUGUGAAUUUGUUGUUCUUUUUUUCUAAACUGUUACUUUGUAAAAUAUUGUGAAAAUUUCUGAUUUAAAGUUGAUAUUUUAGCUAAAAAUAAUUCCAUAUUGUUUUGCAUUGUCAAGUGCUAUUUUUGUGUCUGUUUGCAUUUCAUUUUUGAAGAAUGUAUUAUUUUAAAUUACAUAACAGUUUAUGUCCACUGGAAAAAAUGGUGCUUUUUGUCUGUGAUUUAAACAGUUUAUAAAAAAAACAUGAUAAACACUGUGCAAAUACAUAUUUUAAAAGUUUAAUAUUUCAGCACAUAAUUUGCCAAAAUAUAAAACCAUUUAAUGUUUUAUUUUAACAAACAUACAUUAGUUUAGAAGUGAAAGUUGAUUUGAUUGAUUUACAAAAUUGAACUGUUAAUAAUGCUAGUUUUUGUUUAGUUUAGAUUGUUGUAACUCAUUCAAUUUACAUUUUUGUAUUAAUUUGAUUCUAAAUGCAAUCAAAUGUAUGUGGCAUUUACAUAACUGUAUAUAUUUGUACUUCUAAAUGUAAAUUGUAAUUUAUCUAUGGACAUGCAAUCAUAAUUAUGUGGAAUGUGUAUUGUUCAUUAUGAUACAUGUAAUGAUGAUGUAAAGGUUAUUUGAUUGAUUAACCCUUUCCCACUCAGAAGCAAAGUGAAAAUAGCUUAAUAUAAUGUGCAAACAGCAUAAAACCAGAACAGCCUGCGAUUAACUCGCAGUCUGUUCAGGUUUUAUGCUGUUUGCUGCUCAGCUGUAUCUAAGGGUUGGAACUGAAACCUUUUAAACUUGGUUCUAGUAAGAAAGGCUUUUAAUUAAAUUUAAUUUUUCGAAGGACUACAAAUGCGUGAAAAUACGUAUCUAAGUGGUAAAGGGUUUUAAUAUAGUAAAGAACACAGAAAAGCAAUUUGAGGGCAGACCAUUACACUGUUGUAUCAACUAAACAAUUUUAUACCCUAUUCAUUAUUUCUCUCUGAACACUUACGUAAGCGUCACACAUGAAUGUUGAUGAUUUAUAACCAAAUUUGUUUAUAAGGGUAGCAAGUGUAGAUACUCGCCAGAUACCUGAACAUCUGAUAAUGGGCAUCUCAUAUAACAGCAAAGAUAAACCCAUUUAUGCCUAGCGUCUAGAAGAAAGGCUUUGGCAAACACCGUAGAUCCAGAUGAGACGCCGCAUGAUGCGGCGUCUCAUCAGGUUCUUUGCUGUUUGCUUAAAGGAAUUUCUGUAAGAUAUAUGCUAAAUAUAGAAAUAAAUAUACUAGACAUCCCUAAUUUUGGAAAUAAAUUGAUCCAAUUAAGAAGGAUGGGAGAGUCCACUAGACAUAAAUGGGUUAUUAUAAAACAUGAUUUGUAGUUCAUGCUCUGUUUAUUCAGAAUCUAGCAUCUGUACACUAAAAAUUGCAAUAACAUUUGAGAUUAUAUCAUUUAAUAAAUGUGUUGAAGUUAGUGUACGGCAAUUAAGAAUCCUAGUAACUACUCGGGUCAAAUAUCACAAAUGCUUCAUACUGUCACUAUCCUUGUAUCAACAAAUAAUUAACAUAAUUUGAUCACAUGAUGAUGAUUAAAUUGUGUCACAGACACUCUUUGUUAUUGAUUUCAACAACUUUAAUACCAUAGUGGCUGCAAAACCAUUAACAGACUUUAAUGGGUCUUACAUUUAAUACAAUCAAAUAUCAUGUUGUUUUACAUUAUUCAAUAAGUAAAAAGAUAAAAAAAGUUCCUACAAUUUUACAUACACAUUUCAAUUUGGACAGUACAGGGUUGGUAAUUUUAACAGUUUACUUGGGAAUCUGUAAAUAUUUUUCGACAGCAAUUAGUAAUAGGCACAACCUACCAUAUCCCUUUUCACAUAAAAAGUGAACAGUAAAUAUCACAAUUAAAACAUUUUAAGCAGUAUAUUAUACCAAUUCAUAUUUUAAGUUUUCAUUUUAAAUGGAAUGCUUUUGCAGCAUAGCAAUUUUUUUUGUACACCAAAAUGCCUUGUGUGAAUUAUAACAAGAAAAUAGUUAUGAAAACAUGUUUAUGGUUUAUUUGAAAUAAACAUUGAGUUUCAUGCUCACAAGUCAUGUACACAAGUAUUGUACCUAUGUUAAAGAGGUAUAUAUAAUGCUGAUAUAAUAUAACAAACUUUGUUGAUUAUUAAACCUGAAUUCAAAUGGUUAGCUAAGCUUGGUGAACCAGUAGAUGUUUAGAAGUUUAGUCAUUUAUGUUUUAUAUUAUGGUAUUUUUACUUCCUUUUUUGUUUGUGAAAAAAUUGAUGUGUAUCUUUUUAGUUAAUGUUUUUUCCAUACUUAUUUAAUGCAAUUUCCCUGCCUGAGUAACAAUGUAAUAUCGCUUGCAUUUAUUUUGCUGUUAAAUUUUCUGACAUUUAGUUACACAAGUAAACAACUUCAAAAUCCUU